AUGCGUGCUACCUUCGCUCUCCGCAACGCUGCCCGGACUCCCCUGAUUCGCUUCCUGGGCAAGCGCUCCGUCCCUAAGUCCGUGGACCACACUCCUCGCGUUCACCCCGCCUCUCCCACCAAAGCUCUCCCUGACUCCUUCGCCGCCUACCGAGCCAAGGCUCAGCAGCACGGCCCUCUCGGUCGCGCCUCCUUCACCACCGGCGGUGGCAUCGGCGGGCAGCCCGGCUCCGCGCUCGGCCCCGUCCAGCCCGCCUCGGGCGAGUUCUUCGAUCGGACUGAGCUCCCUGCCCGUUUCGGCCGUCUCUCUUGGAGCCAGGCCGAGAUCGAGGCCGUCGAGUCCGGCGGCGCCAGCAUGUACGCGUAA